AUCGCACCUUAGCCUACUAUCGUGGUGGAAAGAGCCCACUUAUCCCAGUCCUCGUGCAACAUAACAUUUUAUAUUUUGCUUGCGGCCUGGUUCUCUCAAUGGCUAGUGCUAUUACCGUCAUAUUAUUCAAGGGUCCAUACGGCCACAUUUUCCCCAAUCUGCAGGCUACGCUGCUUGCAAUACUUGUCACGCGAAUGCAAGUUGAGUUAUGGAAAAGUGACCGGGAAAUAAUUGGGUUCAAUACUCCGUCGAAUGCAUUCUCAAGUAUCGUAUUUGCAUCACCACCGUCCCAGACUCCAUUAUCAUUUAGCAUAGAUCCAUGACAAUCAUUCUCAGCUCAACAAAGGAGUUGAUUGAUCAUUUUUCGCGAUCGUUAUAGGGGAGUGGCCAAAUUUUGAGCCAUCAAAAACCUUACAAGGUCGAUAUAAAAAUAUUGGCUCGUGCAAAUACAUUGAUUGACU